AUGUAGAAUUUGAGUCUAAUAGUUCAUACUUGGCAAAAGGCCAACAGCACCUCAUCAUACUCAUCAGAAAAGGUCAGUGCAACAACAUAGUGUGGCGAGCACUACACACCCGAUAUAGGCUGUACUGAAUAUGUGCGUUUGAGCUGAACUUGAUGGCAGUGAUAACAACAUUUCUACAGUUACUAUAUGGGAUUCAUAAGAUGUAUUAUUUUCAUUAGGGAGUCUCCAUUAUAUGUUCUCUCUGCUUUCACAGCUACUCACUGAUAAGUCUGACAGCUGAGUAUUUUCUUCUAAUCGUGCAGAGAUGCUGCAGGAGAAGCUUUCAGCUGUGACGGAUGAAUGUAUGAGCCGGGUCCAGACCGGCGGGGAGACGGAUCUCCUUCCAGACCAGUCACGAAUGGGCCCCUCCACAGCUCCCAGCAUUCCCAGCACCAGUGAGCCCGACCAGAACAUUGAGAACAUUAAGGUUGUUCUUCAUGAGCGGGAGCUGUGGAAGAAGUUCCACGAGGCCGGCACAGAGAUGAUCAUUACUAAAGCAGGCAGGAGGAUGUUUCCCAGCUACAAGGUAAAAGUGACUGGGAUGAACCCCAAAACCAAAUACAUCCUACUCAUUGACGUCGUCCCAGCUGACGACCAUCGCUACAAGUUCUGUGAUAACAAGUGGAUGGUGGCUGGCAAGGCUGAGCCAGCAAUGCCAGGAAGACUCUAUGUGCACCCUGAUUCCCCCGCCACAGGAGCUCAUUGGAUGAGGCAACUGGUGUCGUUUCAGAAGCUCAAGCUAACAAACAAUCACCUGGACCCUUUCGGGCAUAUCAUCCUGAACUCUAUGCACAAGUACCAGCCCCGACUACACAUAGUCAAAGCCGAUGAAAACAACGCCUUUGGAUCCAAGAAUACUGCCUACUGUACUCAUGUCUUUCAUGAGACGGCUUUCAUCUCUGUAACCUCUUAUCAAAACCACAAGAUCACUCAGCUAAAGAUAGAAAACAAUCCAUUUGCCAAAGGAUUCCGGGGUAGUGAAGAAGGAGAUCUGCGUGUUUCAAGACUACAGGGGAAAGACUAUCCAGUGAUUUCAAAGAACAUGGUUCGCCAGAGGCUCAUCUCCUCGCAUAGUCACCUAGCGGGGAAGCUCGGAGCAGGAGUUCUCACAGGGCACCCUCAGGUCCUGUCCUCUUAUCAGUAUGAGACUGGGGUUCCUUUGUCUAACUCAGACCCCCAGGAUCCCAUCUCGAACCACUUCCCUCAGAGCAGAGAUCCCAGCCUUCUGUACCACUGCUUCAAACACAGAGAUAAUGCCCGACACCUAGAGCUUGGAUGUAAGCGGCCAUAUCUGGAGACAUCAUCCGGGGUCUCAGAGGAGCAUUACUUUCGUUCAGCUACCUCUUAUGAGUCGCCCUUACUGUCUCAUCCGUACUGCACUGAGGCGAUCACCUCUAGAGAAGCUUGUAUGUACGGUAGUAUGGAAACAGAGUCUGGGUCUGGGGCAGUGGACACAGAUGACCUGAACAACCCCAACCCUUCAAUAAAUUGCAACAUGUGGGCUACAAUGCAGCCCUACCCUCGCUACAGUGUGGAGGGCGUCCCGUACCAGCCCUUCACCGCUCACUUCACCAACGCUGCCACGGUCACGCCAGUUGUACCGCACCCCACAUCAUCCAUGGCGUCACGACCACAGGCUGACCUGGGGGUAUACAACUCAGCUACGGUCCAGCGAGGUCUGCCCAUCAUAUCUCCUUCAUCCUCCUCCUCCUCUUCAUCCUGCUCUCCAGCUGUUCCGGGAUCCAGAGAUAGGUCCGGCCAUCCGCCUCUGUACCACAAGAAGCCGGGAUCACCGCUCCGGCCUCACAGAGAUUUCUCAUCCUAUCCCACACAAGGCACUAUAUCCAUCCGGGAUCCAUCCUAUCAAUACCAAGUGGGGCUGAGUAGCGCAGGGACUCAUUGGACUGACAGCUAAUGUGGACCAAUGGAGAAACCAGUCUGAUGUAAGUCUGAAAUUAAUCAAGGUUCAAAACCCCCACUGUGGGCUGCUGAUGCUGAGCAAUGAUAAUGAACUCACUCCAAAGCCAUUUACAUCCAUGAAUUCUCACUGAAGCGCUAUUACAUACAACACUGUAUGUGGUGAACAGUGGCCGACCUCUUUACUAAUGCAGAUGUGUAGCAUAUGUACAAGCCUGUGAUCAGAUAGGGGGGGGUUUUCAACGCUCAAAUGCAAAGUGCGUUUGAGUUUGAGCAGCAGUCUAUCAGAGGGAGCUGUACGCUCGAGGAUUGAAGACAAACAACAACUAUGAUGAUGAAGAUGAGGGAAAAUCAACAAUUGCUGUGCUUACCAUUGAAUGAAGAGAAUGAGAGGCCUAGAUAUGUAAAAUAUGUGUUCAUGAUGGUCUCCCAGGGUAAACUGAGCACGUAUAAUGAAUAAGGCUGAUGUUAUUCUAUAUUUUUCUUAUUGUCAUCAAAUCCAAUGAGAAAACCCAAACCAACAGUGUGUUAGUCCCAUCUCUCAAUGUUUUCUGACCCUACCCUGUCUGUAUCACUCAUCCCCAAGCCCAUUGGGGUGAAGAUGUAAAUCUUUAAAGGUACUAUACGUAACUCUCAGAAAAUCCUUGUUAUUAGUGACACUGGUGGCAGUUAAGUGAACUGCAGUCGGCAUGCUGUUGCUUGUGUACGUGCUCGCACUCCGUAGGUGCGAGCGAUCAUCCUGGGCAUCAGCCAAAACAGUGACGUGACAUUACACGUAUCAUAUAUCACCAUUACUAACUGUAGUGUCCAAUCUCCAUAAAGGAUCAAUCCUGUAAAGGAUCAAUUCAUUGGUGGCUUUUCAUGGUAUUUACUGACAAUAAGAAAAAUAUAAAAUACCAGCAGCCUUGAGAAGUAGGAGGGGCUGGGGUUGAUGUCCAAAAAGUAUCACAGAUUUAAAAAAAUGAUCUCCUAAUUAUUCAUAUGUGCCUAAAUGAGAUUUGCUGAUGUAUAGACUAAAAGUGCAUUGAGUCCACUGCAACAUGAGAUUGAUCAUAUCAGAAUAUAACAGUUCAUUGUGCAUACACUAAGAAUUGUAUGUACAAAGACAUUAAAUUAGCUAGCUAUGUAUGCCAGUCUGUACAUACAGACUAAUUCAAUCAUGUGAAAGAUGCACCAAACUCCUUUUUACAGGUUAGUGCUAGUGCCACGCAACUAGCACUAACCUGAAUAAAGCAUUGUGUUGUGAGUGUACGACUAAGCCAUAGUACUGUGGUUGUUCGUCAGAGCUCGGCUCCAAACUCAUGACUCCAAACAGUAUUCUAGUGAACCGGGACAGCAACCAGAUGUAGGCUUAAAGAACUGUUGUUAAGCCAUGGUGAGUAUUGGAAAAGAGAGCUGCACACAAAUCCCACUCCCAAAUGACUUAUUUGGAAAAAAAUUGUUGCAACACUGCAAAUACAAAACAGCCUGAGCAGGCAGGACGGCUGAAAGAAAAGGCUCUCUCUAGCAGUACAUACAGUAGAGUUUCAACUUGCAUUGACAAGGAAAGAUUACCUGUAGGAUAUGAUGGUGAUCCCUCAUGUAUUUGUGCAUUGUCCCUUUAUUUCAUGUUGUUAAAUUUAUUAUAACGUUUUUGAAUAUAUUGACAUUUUUGCACACCUGAU